GACGACAGCAUCAAGGUUGUUUUGAGGAUUCGGCCCCCCACUGGCAAGGAGACGGCCGAGGCGGCAUGCCUGCAACACACUGGUGUGGACACGCUCACGCUGCUGACCAACCCAGAGCCUACAUUCUACACGCUUGAUCAUGUGGCGGGCGGGUCCCAGGCCCAGGCUCAUAUGCACAAGGUGGUGGGCCGGCCCAUCGUGGACAACGUUUUGGCGGGCUUCAACUCCACGAUUAUCGCGUAUGGACAGACGGGGAGUGGCAAGACCUACACCAUGCUGGGGGAACUGCCGGAGGAGGGAGCGCAUUGGUGGCGGCUGUCACAGAUCAGUGGGAUCGUUGGCAGCAGCUGUCGCAGCCUUGAAUGCAGCCUCCGGUUCCAACCCCCGUGCGCAGCUGGCGACGUGUUGCGCCUGCUGACCAAGGGCGCCGCCUACCGCCAUACUGCUACCACCAAAAUGAACGACACAUCAAGCCGCAGCCACAUGGUCAUGACGUGCUCUCUGGAGAUGCGCAUUGUGGAGGAGGGGGCAGGCGUGGUGCGGCGACGCAGCCGGCUCAGCCUGGUGGACCUGGCGGGCAGCGAGCGGCAGAAGGCGGCCGACACGCAGGGGGACCGGCUUAAGGAAGCACAGGCCAUCAACAAGAGCCUGUUCACGCUGGGGCAGGUCAUCAACAAGCUGACCGAGGGCUCCGCCCAUGUGCCGUACCGUGAGAGUAAGCUCACGCAGCUGCUGCGCGAGUCGCUGGGGGGCAACAGCCGCACAGUCAUUAUUCCCACCGUGGCGCCCUGUGCCUCUUGCUUCUUUGAGACGCAAAGCACACUGAAGUUUGCUUGCCGCGCAAAGCAGGUCAGA